AUGGAGGAAGACCGCGCAGCCACGAACCUCGGACCUGAAGUGGACGAGGAAAUCACGGAGGAGCCAGCCGCAGUGCCCAAGCAGCCAAAAAGGAGGUUUGUGGGUAGGAAGACGGCCGAAAAGAGCGGCGAGCAGCAGCCAGACCCCAAUGCGAACAUUGAAGACUCAAGCGCAAUACAAGUCGCUCAACCUCGCCGCACUGCCCGAGCCCUGAACGCCAUCCCAGACUCCAUCCUGCACGACAAAGACAUCAACGAUGCAAUCGCCCUCCUCCCACCCAACUACAGCUUCGAGAUCCACAAAUGCAUUCACCGCAUACGUACAUCUGGCGCCAAGUCGAUAGCGCUGCAGUUUCCUGAGGGGCUGCUGCUCUUCGCGACCACCAUAUCAGACAUCCUGACACAGUUCUGCCCUGGCACAACGACACUGAUCAUGGGCGAUGUCACAUAUGGCGCGUGCUGCAUCGAUGAUUACACAGCAAGAGCGCUUGGCUGCGACCUCUUGAUUCACUAUGCGCACAGCUGUUUGAUCCCGGUGGCAGUGACCAAGAUCGCGACCCUGUACAUCUUCGUCUCGAUCAGCAUCGACACCACUCACCUCAUAAACACCAUCACCGAGAACUUCCCCACCGGCAGAACCAUUGCGCUCGUCGGCACCAUCCAGUUCAACGCCACAAUACACGGCAUCGUGCCCAUACUGCGGAGAGAAGGCUACAAUCCCAUUGUUCCGCAAAUCGCACCCUUGUCGAAGGGCGAGAUCCUGGGCUGCACAUCGCCGUCUAUGGCGAUCAAACCAGGGCAACUGAAUGCAAAAGGCAAAGAGGAGGAGGUUGCUGAUCUCAUACUGUACCUUGGUGAUGGACGCUUCCACCUCGAGAGCGCCAUGAUCGCAAACCCUUCCUUGCCUGCAUACCGUUACGACCCCUAUUCACGACGACUCACUCACGAGACCUACGAACACGACUCACUGUACGAUCUACGACGAACAGCCAUCUUGACGGCCAAGAAGGCACGCACAUGGGGCAUUAUUCUGGGCUCCUUAGGGCGACAGGGCAACCCACACACUCUCACGCUCAUUGAGAACGAGUUGAAACGACAAGGCAUCAAAUGUAUCAACCUCCUACUGUCUGAGAUCUUCCCGGGUAAAUUGGCGAUGAUGUCGGACGUAGAUGCUUGGGUACAGAUUGCCUGCCCACGACUAAGCAUCGACUGGGGCUAUGCUUUCCCCAAGCCGUUGCUGAGUCCAUAUGAAGCACUGGUAACUCUUGGUGUACGGGACGCGCCUUGGCUGGAGGAGGAUCCGGCACAACGGAAGGUGGAGGAGCGAGAGAGGAAGAACCUAUAUCCCAUGGACUUUUACGCAAAGGAAGGGUUGGGCCGGACAACGGUGGACCACAUCAAGGCUGCCGAAGUGAAGAUUGGUGCAUGA